AUGUGCAACUGGAGCAUCUAUCUCUGGAAAUGCAACUGCUGGACUCUAGCCAUCAAAGAGCCCUGCCACUCUCGCCGCCAGCAGAAAACAGCCAACUGCAAUCAGAUCCAACAGGUCAAGAAAGAAUGGGUUCACGUUCAGGAUAAGCCAUGCGUGAAUCACCGAGCGAACGCGAGUCUCUAUGUCAAUGGUCCGACUGCCAAGUGGGAGGAUAUUGAAUCCACUGCUUAUCAGAGUGCGAAGAGUCUUGCUGAAAGGGGAGAGUUUCCUGACUUUGUUGAAUAA